CGAGGCGCCGCCGCGCGCGAGCCGAAGCCCGGGCGGCUCCUCCCGUGGAGAGCCGAACCGGACCGAGCCGAGCCGAGCCAAGCCGAGCCGGGGGCGCAGAGCGCGGGAGGCGGCGGCGCGGAGCCCAGGCAGCUCUACUGCUGAUGGAAGUGCUCCGGCCUGGCCGAUGAAGUUGGUACACACACCAUGUCAUCAUGUGUCUCUAGCCAGCCCACCAGCGACCGGGCGGCCCCCCAGGAUGAGCUGGGAAGCGGGGGUGUCAGCCGGGAAAGCCAGAAGCCCUGCGAGGCACUGCGGGGACUCUCAUCCUUAAGCAUCCACUUGGGCAUGGAAUCCUUCAUCGUGGUCACCGAGUGUGAACCAGGCCGGGGCGUGGACCUCAGCCUGGCCCGAGACCAGCCCCUGGAGGCCGAUGGCCAGGAACUCCCUCUGGAUGCCUCGGAACCUGAGUCACGGUCCCUGCUUUCUGGUCGCAAGAUGUCCCUCCAGGAGCCGUCCCAGGGCGGGCCGGCGUCCAGCAGCAGCCUGGACAUGAAUGGACGCUGCAUCUGCCCAUCCCUGUCCUACUCACCAGCCAGCUCCCCACAGUCCUCUCCCCGGAUGCCCCGGCGGCCCACAGUGGAGUCGCACCACGUCUCCAUCACGGGUUUGCAGGACUGUGUGCAGCUGAAUCAGUACACGCUGAAGGAUGAAAUUGGAAAGGGCUCCUAUGGCGUUGUCAAGCUGGCCUACAAUGAAAAUGACAAUACUUAUUAUGCAAUGAAAGUGCUGUCCAAAAAGAAGCUGAUCCGACAGGCCGGCUUUCCACGUCGCCCCCCACCUCGAGGUACUCGCCCAGCUCCAGGGGGCUGCAUCCAGCCCAGGGGCCCCAUCGAGCAGGUGUAUCAGGAAAUUGCCAUCCUCAAGAAGCUGGAUCACCCCAACGUGGUGAAGCUGGUGGAGGUCCUGGAUGACCCUAACGAGGACCAUCUGUACAUGGUGUUUGAACUGGUCAACCAAGGGCCUGUGAUGGAGGUUCCCACCCUCAAGCCACUGUCGGAAGACCAGGCCCGGUUCUACUUCCAGGAUCUGAUCAAAGGCAUUGAGUACUUACACUACCAGAAGAUCAUUCACCGGGACAUCAAACCUUCCAACCUCCUAGUGGGGGAGGACGGGCACAUCAAGAUAGCCGACUUCGGUGUGAGCAAUGAGUUCAAGGGCAGCGACGCCUUGCUGUCUAACACCGUGGGCACGCCUGCCUUCAUGGCACCAGAGUCGCUCUCAGAGACCCGGAAGAUCUUCUCCGGAAAGGCCUUGGAUGUUUGGGCCAUGGGUGUGACACUAUACUGCUUUGUUUUUGGUCAGUGCCCUUUCAUGGAUGAACGAAUCAUGUGUUUGCACAGUAAGAUCAAGAGUCAGGCCCUGGAGUUUCCAGACCAGCCUGACAUAGCCGAAGACUUGAAAGAUCUGAUCACCCGGAUGUUGGACAAGAACCCAGAGUCCAGGAUCGUGGUGCCUGAAAUCAAGCUGCACCCUUGGGUCACGAGGCACGGGGCCGAGCCACUGCCGUCGGAGGACGAGAACUGCACACUGGUCGAGGUGACCGAAGAGGAGGUCGAGAAUUCAGUCAAACACAUUCCCAGCCUGGCAACUGUGAUCCUAGUGAAGACCAUGAUUCGGAAACGCUCUUUUGGGAACCCAUUUGAAGGUAGCCGGCGAGAGGAGCGUUCCUUGUCAGCACCCGGAAACCUGCUCACCAAAAAACCAACCAGGGAGUGGGAGCCCUUGUCUGAGCCCAAGGAAGCAAGGCAGCGAAGACAGCCUCCGGGGCCCAGAGCCAGCCCCUGUGGGGGAGGAGGAAGUGCUCUUGUGAAAGGUGGUCCCUGCGUGGAAAGUCGCGGGGCUCCGGCCCCUGGCUCCCCGCCACGCACGCCUCCACUGCAGCCCGAGGAGGCCAUGGAGCCGGAGUAGCUGCGCGGACCACCUGACCUCGCAUGCCUGGCUGUGUGGCCCUGCACGGGGCUGCUGCACCCUGCGUUUCCAUAGCAGCAUGUCCUACGGAAACCAAGCACGUGUGUAGAGCCUUGACUGUCAUCUCUGGUUAUCAGUUUUUUGUUUUUGUUUUUGUUUCUUUUCGUUGUUGCUGUUGUUUUUCUUGUGGUUUUUCUUUUCUUUUCUUUUUUUCUCUCCCUUUGUUGUUUAAGGGGACAAAGAAAAAAAAAAAA